AUGGGGACCUUCACCUUUCCCCGUCCUACCAAGAACCAUUGGAGAGGAACUCGACAUGCGGCGAUGAGAGCGGUCGAGCUGUUCACCCCGCAGAUGUAUGUCACAUGUAUGGGUACCGGAGUGUUGGCGGUUCUUCUGAACAGGAAUCCUUAUCAGUUUCGAGGUCUCGAAACCAUCUCCACCGUGGUUUUCGUCUUGGACCUCGUCCUCUUCACAACGAUUACCCUGACAUUCUUCACCCGGUGGAUAAUGUUUCCCGCGCCGACCCGCAAGAUGUUUGAUUCGGACGUCGAUCAGACCACCUACCUCUCCUGCGGGACGAUCGCUGCAGCGACCCUCGUAGAGCUCGUCACCCUCAUACCCGGAACACAUUGGCACAAUUGGGGUUAUGCAGCCUAUGCUCUCUGGUGGGCUGUGGUAGUUCUCUCUCUCUUCGCCGGAAGCGUGGUCUACUGGAUCCUGAUCAGGGAUGAAGAAGUCCACUUGGGGAACUUGAGUCCGACGUUGCUAUAUCCCGUCACAGGGAUACUGGCGACCAGCGCAUCGGGGGCGGUCGUCGUCAGCUAUAAUGAGGACAUCGGACCGGGAUUAGGAGUCGGCGUUGCGGUCGUUUCUUAUCUCCUGCUCGGAAUGGGUUUCUUCCUAGCCGUCUUGACCCUGACAGCCUACUUUACUCGUCUCCUCACCAAUCAAACCCCGGACCCGAAAAAGAUCGCCGCCCAGUUCAUUCCCGUCGCGGCGCUUGCCAAUGCCGCCUAUGCAUUCGACGAACUGGGAUACGUCGCUGGGCCCAAGAAGAGAUUGUUGCAGACGUUCGGAAAGGGACCGACCGCGGUCAGCGGGGUCGGCGACGGUAUGUACGCGAUGGGGAUCGUUUGGAGCUUGAUGUGUUGGGGAUUCUCCGUGUACUGGAUGAUCAUCGGAUUCCUGACAUUCUUCUCGGACGCGAAAAAGUCAAAGUUUUCGCUCUACACCUGGUCGGCCGCGUAUCCGAUUGGCGCUUUUGGAGUCGCAUGCACCCAGUUCGCCGAGGGUUUUGAUUCCACCGCCUUUCGCGUCGUCUCCACCAUCAUAUGCAUCUUCUCGGUCAUCUACUGGUUGUUCCUGGUCGUCUACACCUUGCCGCUCCUGAUCUCGGGGGAGUUGUUAUUGCAGAAUGGUCGACAUAAGGGGGAAGAGGAGGAAGAAGAAGAAGGUGUGAGGGACGGAGAAGGCGAUGGUGGGGGAUCGAGUCGGCGUACGACGUCUGACGUAUGA